CGGGUUAGUAUCCAGGCAAGCAAUUCUACUCUAUGGAGUGAGAUUAGGUUAAGACAAAUUUAGCUUAACCCCCUCCCUCCUCUUCAAUCAGACCCUAUCCUCGCCGGCGGCCGGCGGAUCACUUCAAGUUCGGCUAAAAUGACUUUCAAGCGAAGGAACGGAGGGCGCAAUAAGCACGGCCGCGGCCAUGUCAAGUUCGUUCGCUGCUCGAACUGUGGAAAGUGCUGUCCUAAGGACAAAGCCAUCAAGAGGUUUCUUGUAAGAAACAUUGUGGAGCAAGCUGCUGUCAGGGAUGUCCAGGAAGCUUGUGCCUUUGAUGCAUACACUCUUCCCAAGCUCUAUUUGAAGGUGCAGUAUUGUGUUUCAUGUGCAAUUCACUCCAAGGUUGUCAGGGUCCGCUCUCGUGUUGAUAGGAGGAAGCGCGAGGCUCCUGUGCGAAACAUCAACAAACGCCCAAUGGACAAUGCUGGUCCUAAGGCUGGUCAAGGUGCACCACGUCCUCCUGGAGCUCCUUCAACUGCUGCUCGUGCCUAAGCGAGCUGCUUCCCCAUGUAAUUUUUUGUACUCCCUUUAUAUAGUUAUUAUAUCUAUGCUUGCGAGAAUUUGAGAAUGUGUUUUUGACCGAUCAUCACUGUUUGUUUUAAUUGCAAAUUUGUGAUAUAGUUUUCCUCUAAUUACUUGGUAUAUU